GCAAAAAUGCUUUUGUUUACACAAAUUUUUUAUUUUAUUGCCUUUCUCUCUUUAUUUCUCAAUAAACCUAUUUAUGGAUUACUUACAAAUUGCUUGAAUGGGGCUCCUUGUGAUUGCGAUCCUGACGUUAUUGACUAUUGGGAAGAUUUAGAAUUUACAACUACUUCGGAGCUUUUAACAACCACAAUGUUUGUUGAAACUACAGAAAAAUUAAUCACAACAAUGGGUAAUACAACGACAACGGGUUUACCUACCACCAUGAAAAUAUUAGAGACUACACAAAAUGAAGAGACGACAAAGACAAUUUUGACUACAGAAAGCUCUACAACACCAACUACAACUGAAAGUGUAGUUACCACAAUAAAAAUGUUAGAGACUACUGUAAAAGAAGAGAUGACAACAGAAAGUGCUGUUAGCACAACGACAGAAAAUUUAGAAACAACAAAAUCUCCAACAACUCCAACACAACCAGAAACAACCGAAUUUGCUUCAACAACUACUUUAACUACUACGGAAUCUUUGCCUACCACAAACAUUACAAUUCCUUCAACAAUUCAAUCCACAACUAUCGCCACAGCAUUACUAACAACUGCAGAGUCUACAACUUUAUUGACGACAGAAAAUAUUGAAACGACAACUUUAGAGGUAACAACAACCACACAGCCGACGACAGUUGAACCGACAACAACUAGUACAAGUACGAUUAUGCCGACAACUACGAUGCCUUGCGUUCCUUGUGCAGCUGGGCAGUCGUUAGUGUUAUACGACAAAAAUAUUUUGAAUAGUAAUCAAAGCAUUAAUAAUGUACCUGCAUAUAGAUGUGAUAAUUGCAAUCAAAGCACAAUUUCAGAGGUUUGCUACAAUCCGCGUAAUAUAAGCGUUAUAAGAGUACGAUGUACUGAUUCAACGCUUUUCUGUGUUUGUGCUUCUAAUCAAAAAGCUUGUUAUACAGUAACAGAGAAGGCACCACUUUACGAGGCUGAUUAUUUAAUUUAUGCAAACUCAAGUUAUUCAUUUUUGGCUCUCAAUACGGGAGCAAGUGAGAUCAGCAAUGGAAAGAAAACUUACGAGUUUUCACCAAGCAUGACUUUCAUACCCAAUGACAAAACUUUUUUGAAUGCUCCGUUUCUUUCGGGUAAUAUUAUUUAG